ACACACACUUACACACACACACACACACACACCGCGAACCCUUUCCUUUCUGGCUGCGCGCGGAUGGUUUCGGUAACCGUACCCCGCCGUCCGUUCCGCGCGCGCGCUGCUGCUGCGUCUGCGUCGUCAUUAUUAUUAGUAUUAUUAUUAUUAUUAUAAGAUAUAUAUAUUUUUUGGUCGGGUUUUUUUCGCUCUUUUCUCCAGGAUGGCGUGAUUAACGCGCGAGACACACCGGAGACCGGGCUCCCACUCGGACUUUAAAGGACCCCCCUCUCCUCCCCUCCCUCUCUCUCUCUCUCUCUCUCUCUCUCUCUCUCUCACCCUCCCUCUCUCUCCCUCUCUCCCACUCUCUCUCUCUCUCUCUCUCCCUCCUCUUCAUGCGCCACCACCGAACGGUCCCGGGCACCGGCAGCGCGAGCUCCACCGACAGCACCACCAACUCCACCAAUGCCACUCGCUCGUGCGACUGCAGCGCGUCCCAGCAGCCGCGGGGAAUGGAGAGAUCUGAACUGGAGUUUGUUCAGAUAAUAAUCAUAAUCGUGGUGAUGACCGUCAUGGUGGUCGUGAUCAUCUGUCUGCUCAACCACUACAGACUGUCGGCCUUCUUCAGCCGCCACCGCCGGGGCGGAGCCAUGCAGCCAAGCGGAUGUUCGUGGCCCACAGACAGUCUGGUAACACAACAAGGAGCCACAGAGGUGAUGUUCGGGCCACGGAGUUUCGAUCGUUUCGUACCUCCUUCGUUUAUCCAGAGGGAGCAGUCGAGCCGUUUCCAGCCCACCUACCCACAAAUGCAGACGCAAAUCGAGCUCCCACCCACCAUCUGCCUGUCAGACGGCGAGGAGCCGCCGCCGUAUAAAGGCCCCUGCACUCUUGCCCUGAGAAGCCCCGAGCAGCAACUCGAACUGAGCCGCGCUUCUGUGCGAGCUCCGCCCAAUCGCACUGUAUUUGAUAGCGACAUCAUGGACGUUUACGGGCCCAGGCCGCCCAGCACACACUCGGGCAAGAGUGCCUCGUACUCGCGCCUUCAGGGGCAAGGACCACCGCCCACUUACAGCGAUGUGAUUGGUCGAUCUUACCCAAACUUCACCUCCUCCUCCUCCUCCUCCUCCUGUUUCUUGCACCAGCACAGCAAUAACGCACCGCCGUCCAAUCAGAGGAAGGCGAAGGAUGGAAGACGCGACAAACCGACUUGACUGACAAGCACAGAGUGGGAGGGGCUGUGCUCUUUGGACCCUGUUCAUAAAUAUGCGAAAGGGGGUGUGGCUUCCCUCCAAGCACUCAUUCCCUUGCACAAUUUAGUAAUCCAGAAAAUCGAGGAACCAAGCUUAAGUGAAUAUCACUUUUGUAUACUUUUUUUUCAUUUUAAUUAUUUUGCUAAAACUUGUGGGCCUCGUGUGGAUGUUCAGGCUUGUCGGCAACUUUCUGUUCCUGUUUUUUGUACGCUUUCUUUUGUUUAAGAUAAUCAACUUUUUUUUUUUUGCAGAUCGCUCAAGAAACUGCACAGGAUACAGGAUUUUUUUUUUUUUAAUUUGUUUGAAGUUUUUUAACAUUCAUGCACAAAAAAACCCUUAAGUUCUUAACCAAUCGAAAUCCAAAUUUGAGUGCCAUGAUUCGUCGAAUUGUUCCUUAAAUCUCAGUGAUAUCAUCAGAAUGCAGAGAAAAAAUCUACAUUGCACUAACUUUUAGUAUUUUUUUGGUCCAUAUUCUAAUUUUUAAGCAUAUUUUAGUAUCCAUUUCACUUUUGUUUCUUAAAACUAGGGACUUCUGAUCCAGCCUAAAAAGAUCCACUAUUAACCCACAAGAUGGCACUUAAAAAAAAGGGGGUGUUGUUUAAAUUCUGUUCAUUUUUCUCAUCAAGUGUCAUUUUUCAUCCUUUCAAAAUAGCACUUUAAAACUUGCUCGCUUCAGCAUGGUCCAAAUGCAAGGGAAUCAUGGGAAACGUAGUCUUAUGCACAUCCACAAUGUCGAGCACCUCUCAUUGGCUAGCUUCUUUCUUGUUUUCUUAGAACUGCCUUGAGAACCGAGAACCGCUGGCGCUUAGAUUUACAAAGGCUCAUAAAAAAGCCAAAUUCGUUAGUUAUGAAAUAUUCCUUUGAUGGCAAACUUUGUUACGCUUAAACGUCGGCCAUCUUGUCUUGGGUCAAGUGUUAGCAUGAUGUUAAGUAAUGAACUAAAACAUUUUAAGAAGUUUAGACUGUAAAGUUACAAAAAUAACAUUCCUGUGAAGUUCUAAAAAAGUGUCAUGUCUAGUGAUACAAAAACAAACAUCACGGGAAUGUUAGCUUCUAUUUAUACAACUAAAAAUGUUGCAGAAAUGCUGCGUAAGAACGCAAAAACAUCAGAUUGAACCUUCUGGGAACCAAAAGUAAGGUUCUGAAAACGUUCCGCUAACCUUAAAUUGUUCCAAUAAAGUUUUUAAAGCACUCUCGUUCACUGACAGGAACAUGUACAGGAAUACUCUGUAGAGAGUCAGAUCAGCAUGCUAGCUAGCUAGCUAGCAUCCUAACAUGCUGAUCAGAAGGCUUGUUAAUCAGUUAGCCGAAAAAGCAACAGUUACAAACCGGGUCAUGUGACAUCACCACUAGGCUUUUUCUUAAUUUGUUCAACUUGAAAGCAUGCUUAGUCUAAAAUGCUGUUUGUAAUCAAACACUGUAGUAGUUUCGCAACAUUAGCUAAGCUAAUUACAGCACUGCUUUAAGGCUAACUAGCUUACUAGCCAGCGUAGAUGUUACCUCUCAUUUUAGUAGUCACCUAAGUUUGCUAACAAGAUAGCUAAUGUUUGGCUAACUACUAUAUUUUGUAAUUAAAGCCAGUUGCUAGGAUUGCUACCGAGCCUGCAACAAAUAAUCUGGGGAAAAAUAGCUAAUAAAUGAAAAAUUAAACAGCGUCAUCCUAACACCGUUUUUAUUUUUAAUGGCAUCAAGUCAGUGAGAGUUUGAAAUUGGUUGAGUUGAGUUGAUUCAGCACUUAAGAUGGCGUUUCGACUAAGUGGAAGUGAAAAAGGGCGUGUGUCGAAAAUCGCAAGACAGCUGCCGUACUACGCUCAGUGCGAUUCCAUCAGCUCUCACUUGCUGUUACUCAUCCUCGCUGUUUGUGUGUGUGUGUGUGUGUGUGUGUGUGUGAGGUCCUGCUGCUGCUAUGCUAAUGCUAACGUUAUUGCUAAUGCAAAUGCUAAUGCUGCUCUCUAUUGUCUCAUGUUCACGUGUACUUCAUUUUUACAUGUUUAAUCUUCAUUUCUUUCUUCUCACGUGUAUUACCGUUGCAUCCACUGUUUAAAACCUCCGAGUGUUGAUUAUAUUUUAUAUUUUGACGUUUGUUGCAUGUUUCUCUGAGCAGAUUUGGUGCCUAAAAAUUGUGGUAAAGCAGAAAUAGGAACCUUUUCACUUUGCACUCCAAACCCCAAACACCUCCCAACCCAACCAAACACCCCUCCACCCACCCACCCAAAAAAAAGAUCCCUCCCCACCUUCGUUGUGCCUCACUUCCUACGGUGCUUUUUUCACAAGUCCGACUUUGUUUAUUCGUACUGUGCUGUAUAAAUAUAUAACUUGAAAAUAUUAUGCACAUAUCCUACCCAAUGGGUAGAUGAAAAAAACCACAAGAGAACAAAUGUUAAUACUGUAAUAUAAUGUAUAGAAGAUAUUACGAUGAGAAAUUUAACACGGCGGCAUCAGGUUUUUUGUGAAUGCCCUGCAAUUGUGCUUUUUGUCUUUUGUAAAAAACAAAACAAAGAAAAAAAAAACAAAAAAGAGAUAAUAAAAUAAUACUACAGUAUAGUCAAAACAUAAGUUACAAAAAGUACUUCUUAUAUUUUUUUCCUAUAUCUGCUAUGUGAUGAUUAUGAGGCGGUCGCAUACAGGACAAAACUCGCUGCUGCUUUUAUAACUUCCAGAGAAAUUAUCAUUAUUAAUGCCAGCGCUUGCCAUUUAUUUAUUUGACUUUUUUAUUAUUAUUAUUAUUAUUAUUAUUAUUAUUAUUAUUAUUUAGUGAGUGAUAGAUGUUCGGACUUUAAAAUAACACAGAACAGAAGAGCUGUAUCUUAUUUCACCAAACAGACACGAAUGGAGAGUUAACAAAUAAAGGUUUUGGAUCAUA